GUUAGAACGGGAGGGGCGGGGCGAAGCGGAGAAAGGCGUCGCGCGGAGUGACGUCAGAGCGACGGCGCGAGUCUUGUUUGGAGCCUCAGCGAAGGAAGUGUGAAAAGAAGCUUCUCUGCGGAAGAAGGAGUUCGUCGCAGUACACUUGAUAUGACAGACCCAGAUGUUCUCACUGAAGUCCCAGCUGCUCUGAAGCGUCUUGCCAAGUAUGUGGUACGUGGCUUCUAUGGUACUGAACAUGCUUUGGCCCUGGACAUACUAAUUCGGAACCCAUGUGUAAAAGAGGAGGACAUGCUGGAGUUGCUGAAGUUUGACCGGAAGCAGCUACGAGCUAUUCUCAACACUCUUAAAGGUGACAAGUUCAUCAAAUGUAGAAUGAGAGUGGAGACAGCCCCAGAUGGCAAGACUACACGGCAUAACUUCUAUUUUAUCAAUUAUCGUUUACUGGUCAAUGUGGUGAAGUAUAAGCUGGACCAUAUGAGGAGGAGGAUUGAAACAGAUGAGAGAGACUCUACCAACCGAGCUUCCUUCAGAUGUCCCAUUUGCUUCAGCACUUUCACAGACUUAGAGGCAAAUCAACUGUUUGAUAUUAAAAGAGGAAUUUUUCGCUGUACCUUUUGUGAAACUGAGGUGGAAGAAGAUGAGUCAGCAAUGCCCAAAAAGGAUGCUCGGACACUUGUGGCACGAUUUAAUGAACAGAUAGAACCUAUCUAUGCAUUGUUGCGUGAGACUGAGGAUGUUAACUUAGCCUAUGAACUACUUGAGCCUGAGCCAAUGGAAAUUCUUGCACUGAAGCAAAGCAAGGAGCGGACUACUGGUGCAUUGGGAAGCAGUGGCCUACCAAGUGGACAGCACAGGGAAGCCUGGGCUGUGAAGGGACCUUCUUAUGAGGAUUUGUACACCCAGAAUGUAAUCAUCAGCAUGGAGGACCAGGAGGAUCUGCAUCAGCCAGCCAGUGAAGGGAAGCCACCCAGAGAGAGGCCAGUUUGGCUGCGGGAGAGCACAGUGCAAGGUGCUUAUGAUCCUGAUGAGAAUAAAGAAGGUGGUCAAGGCAUGGAAAUGUUACAGGAAGGGGAAGAGGGUCAGGCUGCUCUAGACAGUAAUGAGGAAGUAAUGCGUGCUCUGCUCAUCCAUGAAAAGAAAACCUCUUCUGCCUCUGUGGGUGGCAUGGGAGGAUUUGCUCCAUUAUCUAAUCCCAAUGCCAGUGAUUCUGAAAGUGAAACAAGUGAAUCAGAUGAGGACUCCCCUCCCCAUGCAGCCACUGCUGCAACAAGAGUCAGUGGGCUAAUAGAGGAAGAUGACGACGAUGAUGAAUUUGAGGUCGUGACAGAGGAUCCCACUGUCAUGGUGGCAGGACGUCCAUUUUCUUACAGUCAAGUAAACCAGCGGCCUGAACUCGUGGCUCAAAUGACUCUGGAGGAGAAGGAGCAGUAUAUCGCUAUGGGCCAACGUAUGUUUGAGGACAUGUUUGAUUAGCUUCCCUCUGCCUGGGCAGCAUUUACAGAUGAUCCUGACCUGGAAAUUUUGCAACAGAGAACAAGUCUGAAUUAAAUCUUCUGCCUUUUCAUUUAAUUCAGACACUCUUUAGAGCCAAACAAAAACAAGAAACAAUUGCUUCAAAUUGAUUCUUUAGAGUCACUCAGAGAAUCCCAGAUGAACUAUCAGUGAUAAGUAAAGAGGGAGCCAGCUGACUCAAACCUGUAUCUUAUUUACAGGUUUCCAUAUCCUCUUCAUUGCAUUAUAAUUGAUUUUCGUUUUGACCUAGGGAACCUGUUUUUCUUUCUAGUUGCUUGUUUUAGAAGAGUAUUGUUAAGCCAUUACCUAGAAUGUAUUAGCUUCUGAGAGCAACUGAGAGCAGCACUUUUCAGAUUUCAUCAAGAGAUUGCUGCUUUGAAAUAACAUAUGAUCCAUUUGUAAAUAGUUAGUUGUUUUGGAAACAAGAUAUGGAUACACAUACAUAGGGAUAUAAACAUGUGUGGGGACAACACACAUACAUAUAUACAUACAAACAUAUAGUCCUCCCAUGUUCUCUUUUCUGUGUAAUCUGUAUCUGUACUAUCAUGUUAACAAGUGGGUAUUUGUCAUCAAUGUUUAAAAAUAGUUGCUUUGAGAAAAAUAUGCACAAGGGACAGACAUCAGAAUGUCUUUUGGUAGAGUCCUGGUGAAACAGUCUUGCUAAUCUUGUCCUUUUUCAGACUUCUUUUGUAGGUCAGAAACACUAUUUUCUUUGCCAGUUUGAGCAAAUUGUGCAGUAUUAUACUUUUCAAAUGAGGGAAAUUGACUUUCAAAAUGUGACUGUAGUUCUCCUGUCUAUCCUAGAGAUUCCCAUAUACAUCUCAUUGGUGGAUGAGCAGGAUCUUAGAAUCAGCAUUGAAUUAAUUGUAAUAGAGAGUGGAUCAAAACUUUCAAAGACACAUUUUUUUCCAAGCUACAUAGUCUGUGCUAACUGAGCAAAUAGUUGUGUCUUCUUGACUGAUCUACCAUGAAAGUACUAGGAAUGCAGAAUAGCUACCUUUUCUUAUUCAGUCUUGCAGAGUUCAUUUGCCAUGGAUUAGGAGCCUCAUCCAAGUCACUAAAGAGGAUGGGAAUAUUUUGUUUUAGCAUUUAAAAAAAAGAUUAUGCAGAAUUUUGGGGAUGCCAGUAUUUAGCAUGACACAGUCUAUUUUAUUAUUUCCAGCAGUGCCUCUACAAGCAAACUCAAUUUUAUAAUUUUUACAUUUAAAAAGGUUACAAUAUAACCUUUAAAAAUCAUUGUGUUUUCCUUCUUUAUCAUUACAGUGGAGCGACUUGGUUAUGUAUUUCAAAGGUCUAGCAUCUGUUGCAAAUUCUUGAUUUAUUUUCCAGGAAUGGUACAAGUUAUCAAGCCUCUAAAUUGUAAAACUAUUGUAUAUUGACCAUGUAUGUUUUGCUGUGCCUGUGAGGUUUCUUAUGAAUUUGUUUUCAGAGGCUCUCACAGAUAAAGUCUAAAAUAAAAAAGAACUGAGAAUAUGACGCUUC